AUGAGGUACAGCAGCACCCAUCUAAACUCCAGUAUGAAGAUGAGGUCCACCAUCUGCAUCCAGAAGAGUGAGCAGAAGACCAGCCCAACCAUCAGUGGGUUACAGGUAGAUGAAACGCCAAGUGCCUUCUCCUCAGAGCAUUUUUUACCUGUGAACAACAGCAGGCCUACUUUCUCAGGAGACAGACCCAAAGAUAAAAGCUUUGUUAUUGAUGAUGAUUAUGAACUCUCUGGCACAAAAGGAAACUUGACUCCUCCACCUGAUGUUUUUGAAACAACACGCGGGGCAAAACUUGCGGAUUCAGCGAAGACAAACUCAGAGACAAGUCGAAAAAGUGACUUAAAGAGAGCCUCCAAUCAUGAAGCUGAGACACCCAUGCCUCCCCUCGAUGUAAAGUCCUUCAAUAAGCUUCCUAUAUGGGACUUUGAGGAUGUCUAUAACCAGGAUGCCUUACCCAGACGGACUACUUGUCCCCAAUCUCUGCGAAACUCAAAGGACGAGAGCUUCAAGAAGAUUUUCCUUCCCAACAUCCGUCUGUAUAUGUAUAAGGAUAACGUCAACAUGAGCGAGUGGAACAGGCUCUCACAUUUCAACAAUCCUUUUGGUUUUAUGGGUUUCCAGUAUGAAGAAGUGAUGGAGGCAGUGAAGUUGAUCCCAAAGCCAAAGGAGCCUCUCUUCUCUCCAAAGCCAGGCAGUAAUGGUUGUGUUAGCUGUGCAGUGGUGGGCACAGGAGGGAUCCUGAAUGGCUCUAGGAUGGGGAAAGAGAUUGAUGAUCAUGAUUAUGUUAUUCGGAUGAAUGGUGCAGUCAUUAAAGGUCAUGAGGAAGAUGUAGGAAAUAGAACAUCUGUUUAUGUUCACACGGCACACUCCAUCACUGCAUCAAAACACUUUUAUAAGAAAUACGGGUACACAUCUGCCCCCGCUGAUAAGGGAAUAAAAUAUGUGAUGAUACCUGAAGGGAUGAGGGAUUUUCAUUGGCUCACAGGUCUUUUCAAAAGAAAGACAAUUGCCGCCGGCCAAUAUCGCAACUUACGGCCAUGGAUGUACUAUGGCAGUCAGUUUGAGGAGAGUCGCUUCUAUGUUCUGCACCCAGAUUUCCUCAGAUACAUACGAAACAGGUUCUUAAAGUCUGAUAACCUGAAUGCUACAUUCUGGCCAAUGGUUAGGCCAACCAACGGAGCAUUUACUAUCUUCUUGGCUCUGCAGACGUGUGACAUUGUGAGCGCAUAUGGAUUCAUGACUGAAGACUACGAGAAAUACAACAACCACUAUUAUGAGAACAAUGUGACAACACAAGUUAUUUUCUACAGUAACCAUGACUAUAUACUGGAGAAAAAUACAUGGAAAAAACUACAUGAUAUAAAAAUAAUAAGGCUUUAUCAAAGAAUGGGCUCGAAAAAGGGGACAGAAUAA